AAAUCGGGUGCGCUCAAAGGGCUCUCGGGAGGCGGCAAUCGGCGAGGUUCGGGCCCAACACGAAUUGCAUCCCGGCAGCAAUAUCGCAGCACGGCAGCAACACCAGCAGAGCAGGCAGCUCUGGACAUGGCCAGGUGCCCCCGAAUGUGUCACUCUGCAUUUUGACCACUAACGCGCCGGCUGUGCUUCCGUUGCGUUCCGUUGUGAUUCGAUUUCGAUUGCGAUUUUGAUUUCGACUCCGGCUACGACUUCGAUUCGAUCGGUUUUGAUCCCCUACGUCGUUGCGUUUCUAUCCCGCCGUUACGUGGCAAGCAAAAAUCGCGGGCUGACAAAUCAUAGAAAGUUAUCAUCAUAAAGAUCUAUCAGAUCAGCUAAACUGUCUUCAAAAAUAUAUGUAUAAAAAAUAAAUUAGUUACACAGAUCGUUUAGCAAAGAGAUCUUACAAAACAGAGAUCCUGAAACAACCAGUUCUUAAAUACAAUGUUGGCGCCAGCAUUUGUUCAAGUUAUUUGUUUUUUUGAGUGUGCCUCAGUCGGGCAAUAAAAGAUCGAAAGUUGCAAACAGUGAAGAGAUCUAAGCGAUAUAAAUAUAUGCAGUGCACAAUAUAAAUACACUUGGGACAUCAUCAGUCGACCAAAGUGCACUAGGUGCUUAAAACAGGCCAGAAAGAUUAUUAAGUACUCUUGCGGGUAAAGCCUGAAUUUCGAUUGUUUUCCAAGGCGGUGCGAUUAAAGGACGACAAAAUUGUGCGGCUAAAAAAAGUGCAGGCUCACGCUCAAGGGCAACUGGAGCAGUUCGAGCAGCAGCAACAGCAACAGCAGCAGCAGCAGCAACAUCUGCAGCAGCAGCAUCAACAGUUGCAACAAUUGCAGGACCAGCAGCAGCAGCAACAGCAACAGCAACAGCAACUAUUGCAACAGCAACAUUAUCAUAACUAUAGCGGCCAUAGCAACAAUUACAAAAUGCAUUUAACUACCACAUCGAGCAAUUCGACGGCAUCUAAUGCCAACAAUAAUAAUAACAACAAUAACAACACCACCAAUAACAACAACAACACGAGCAGCAACAACAACAACAACAACAACACGAGCAACACAAACGGCAGCAGCAACAAUACGAGCGGCAACAACAACAACAAUAACAACAACAGUAGUGGAAAUAACAACAGCAACACAGAUCAAAAUACACCGCCAACGCCUGCGCAACUUUUAAAUGAGGCGUACACGAAGAUGACCUCUGACAUAUUGGCGGAACGCACGCUGGGCGACUUCCUCACCGAACAUCCAGGUGAGCUGAUCCGCACCAGCAGUCCGCUCUUCGUCUGCACAGUCUUGCCGCCCCAUUGGCGCAGCAACAAGACGCUGCCGGUGGCCUUCAAGGUCGUCUCGCUGGGCGACAUCAUGGACGGAACGAUGGUCACCGUGCGGGCGGGCAACGAUGAGAACUACUGUGCGGAGCUGCGCAACUGCACGGCGGUGAUGAAGAACCAGGUGGCCAAGUUCAACGAUCUGCGAUUCGUGGGCAGGAGCGGCAGAGGGAAGAGCUUCACGCUAACCAUCACCGUGUCAACGAAUCCACCGCACAUAGCCACCUACAACAAGGCGAUCAAAGUGACUGUCGAUGGGCCACGUGAACCCCGCUCCAAGACAAUGUUAUCCCUUUUAGGACAACAACAGCAGUUCCACUUCGCUUUUGGCCAAAGACCGUUCCACUUUUCCACGGAUCCACUUUCCGGCUUCAGGAUGCCGCCAAUUGGCAAUUGUCAGAGUGCCAGCAACACGCAUUGGGGCUAUGGAUCGGCGGCCUCAGCAUAUUCGCCGUACUUGGCCAGCAGCGGAUUAUCGUCCUGCACCACACCCACUUCCGCCCAGUUCAACAAUCCAGCCCUGGGCUUCACCUGCUCCUCGAACGACCAGAGCAACAAUCAGGACUUCGGAGGAGCCACCAAUCGCGACUGUGUUCCAAUGCUGCCCGACUCGACGGCCAGCGAUCUGGACCAGCACCUGAGCAGCCUGGUGGGCUCGACCAGUGGCCAGAUGACGCACCACAGUCUGCUGGGCGCCGGCGGCCAGACCUCGAUCUCCUCGACUGUCAACGGGGGGGCGAGUGGGGCGAGUGCCGGUGCCGGAGCGGCCGGCGGCGGAGCGGGCAGUGGCGGUGCCGGCGGCGGCGGUGCCGGUGGCAAUUCCAUCCUGGUGCCGCGAUACCACACCAACGCGAGCAACGAAUACAACGUGCACUCCAGCCAAAAUGGACCGCGCAGCCUGAGUGACAGCUCGCAGGCGGAAUCGCCGGUGCAGGAGGACCUGCUGACCACCAACACGCCGAACUUGGGCAGCACGGCGGGCGGCGGGGCGGCCAAUGGUGGGGCCGCCAAUGCCGGAAGUGGGGCGGCGGCAGCGGGUGGCAGUGCCGCCUCCGCAGUGGGCAAUCCCUCGAUGCUGGGCGCCAAUCAGAACUUCCCCGGCAUUGUCAACCAGGCACAGCACUCGGCCGCCUCCGCCUAUGGCGGUGGAUCGGGAGUGGUGGGCGGUGGGCAUGGCAGUGCCGCUGCUGCCGCCGCCGGUUGCAAUGGCUCGCUGUAUCCAGUGCUGCCGGCCAGCCUGCUCUACUCGCAGCUCUAUACGGCUGCCAAUCAGUCCGCCCAUGGAUUCCAUUCGCAUACGCUGCCCGCCCACGCAUCGCCCAACUCAUCGGUGCAUGGCGAACUGCAGAGCGUCAUGGAUCACAUCAGCAAUGUGGGCGUACGGCAGCAGCACAAUAUCAUGGCCGGCGGGGGAGUGACCCAUCCGGGCGACCUCACACUGAUCGGCAACUGCGGCGCCUCGGUGAGGAACAUCGAGGACGGGAAUAGCAAUCGGCAGGUGGCCGCCUUAGCUGCCCAUCGCGGCCACCACAAUCCCACCGACAAUGGGGGCAGCGUUUGGAGGCCCUAUUGAGGUCAGGUUCUGUGGUGCGGCUCGGCGGUUCUAUAGUGCGAGGGGGGCGGGCCGCAGCACG